AUGGCCACCUACUUUGACACCGUCAAGAAGUCGUACGCCGAUGUCCCCACCGAGGGCGGCGUCGAGACGUCGGGCUUCCUCGAGGCCACCGAGGGGCUCGUCAAGCUCUUUGACCUGCUGGGCAACUCGGCCUUUGCCGUCGUCCAGAACGACAUGAACGGCAACAUCAAGAAAAUCCGCGAGCGCCUCCUGGCCGCGCCGGCGACGUCGUCGACGCUCCAGGCGCUGGUUGAGAACGAGGGCAAGCCCGGCGACAAGAAGCGCACCGCGACUGAGGGCCUCAUGUGGCUGCUGCGAGGCCUCGACUUUACCGCCAAGGCGCUGCGCCGGUCCGUGUCGGACCCCAGCGAGGAGCUGACCGUCAGCUUCACAAAGGCCUACGAGAACAGCCUGCGGCAACACCACAGCUUCGUCAUCCGUCCAGUCUUUUCGCUUGCCAUGAAGGCCUGCCCGUACCGCAAGGACUUUUACGCCAAGCUCGGCUCGCCCCCGGAGCGCGUCGACGAGGAGCUCAAGAGGUGGCUUGCCGCCCUCGAGAAGAUCGUCCAGACGAUGCAGGACUUUUACACUCAGGGCAACUACGCAAAGGGCCUCUAG